UAUAAAUCAAAACAAACAUUAAUCAAAACAAGAGCAGACACAUGUCUUUUGCUUAAAUUUUAUAAAUAAUAGAUUAUUGUGUUUUAAUAAAGUAAAACUAUGAACGCAAGUUCAGAAUUUAAGCCUGUUUUAACCAAAGCCGCAUUGGCUUUGCAAAAUAAACAAAAAGAAUUUAAAGCCAUAGUAUUUGAGGAGCCAAAAGCAUCCACAACAAUAACUCCUCAGGACGACAGCAAACGUAUUAAGAAAAAUAACACAGCCAAAACACCAGCGGAAGAUGAAAAUGAAUUUGAUAUUAAAAAGGCUCGUCAUGAAGUUUUAAAUUUUGCCAUGAAUAAUCAGCGAGUGCAGAAAAAUAAAAAGAAAAUGUUAAUCUAUCAAAUGGUGCAAUUGGGUGCUAAGCCACCAAAAAAGGCCUACAAAAACUAUAAAGAACUGUUGGACGAACGCAAAAGACUGAAAAACAUACGAGAAGAAAGGAAAAAAUUGCAUCAAUUGGGUAAAAAUCAAACGGGUGCUGCUUCGGUUAAGUGUCGCAGUAAAACAAAAAUCGAGAAACAAAAUAAGAAGCGGGCACCGGUGGCGGCUAUAGAUCAACAUUAUGGUGUGGUUAAACCUAAAUUUAAGAAAAGGAAAUAAAUUUUGUUGAAUUUUUAACACAAACUAA